AUGAUAAUUGGUUCGAACUAAGGUUCUCAAGUCUGGGACCAGACAGGAGAGGUUAUCACUCCUCUUUUCAACACAACAAAAAGUAUAACAUUUUUUGUAAGUAUCAUUAUUUAUAGGCUCUACAUCUACGGAGGGCAUGAUAUCAGAGAGGGUUCUAAGGAUUCUUUGUGGGUUUUAGACUUGAGAAAACUAAAAGACCUUGAUUUAGACCCUUCUUUGUAAAGCAAAGAUUGCCAAUGGAAAUAAGUAACCACUAAGGGUGAUGAUAAACCAGGUUGUCUAGCUCAUCAUACAUCUGUCGUGUUUGGUGAUAAAAUGUUUCUAUUCGGUGGCUCAAAUCUAGAAUUCGAGAAUAGAAAAUUUUUCUCCUUAGAUUUGAAUCAUUUUAGAUGGGAUGUCGUCAAGUCAAGAGGAGAUUUACCAAUUACUAGAGAUGAGCAUACUUGCAUUGUCUAUGAGAAUGAGAGUUCGAUGAUUAUCUUUGGAGGGUUUUGCAAUGGUGAAAGAACCAAUGAGAUUAUCAAGUAUCUCUUCUAGGAAAAUAGAUGGGUAAAAUUAAAUCUUCCCAUUGGUUCACUUUAACCAUCUCCAAGAAGUGGGCAUAGCGCAUGCAUCUUUGAAAACGCUAUGUAUGUUUUCGGAGGAAAAGAUGAUGAUAAUAAUAAAUUGAAUGAUUUAUGGAGGCUAGACUUGAAUACUUACUAGUGGAAUGAAGUUAAACUUACUGAUGAUAUAAUCCCCCUAGAGAGAGCAGGACACUCAUGCGAUAUAUUUGACUCAUUUAUGGUUAUUUUCGGAGGAAUCUAUGAAAUUACCAAAGAACUCAACGAUUUGUACAUGUUUGACUUUAAGAGGUCAAGAUGGAUUACAAUCUUCGAAGAAUCUCACUCACCGAAGAGAGACUAAUCUCCUUAAGCAAAUGAAGAGGUCUCUCCCAUUGGAGGAAUUAGUCCCAAAAAAAUGUCUAAUAGUUCUCCAAAUGUAAGAAAAACAGGCUCACCUCCCAAAACUUCCUCUAAGAUAUUAAAACCCUCAACUUCCUCAAAAAUAAAGAAAAAUCUUAAUCUUAGUACUCAUCACACUCAACCAAUGAGCAGAAACAAUAAAGUCAAUGGCCAAAUGAUGAGUGCUAUUCAGCUGACUACUCCAACAUCAAUAUCAAUGAUGAACUCCUUUAUCAUUAAAAAUGCGGAUACUAGUUUCGAUCAAUACUAUAGCUCAAUGAAAAAGAGAAAGCAAUAGUAAAAUUUAUCUUCUACGUUCAAUAACAAUUAAUAAAACACCUAACACAAUACAUCUUAAAUGAUGACUGGAAAUGACACUUCUUAUGGAAAAAACAAAGGAAAAAGGCCGGCCGCAAGAGAUGGUCACAGUGGUAUUAUGUUUGGGAAAUAUUUUAUCGUGUUUGGUGGUGAUAGACAUCACAUGCCAUUUAAUGAUACCUUCGCUUUGGAUCUAAAAGGAGAGAUUACUUCUAAGAGUUUUCUUUUCGCUUGA